AUGUCGACUUUUAUGAACGAAGUAGACUGCCAGUAUAUCAAAGCCUUAUUUCCUCAAUACUUAUUAGAACAACCAAUAUCACACGAUCUAUGGAAAUUAUACCACCAACAUAGGAAGUUGUUCAACAAGCUAAAAGUAAAAAGAUAUAUUGCUCCCAAAGAUGGAGUUAACUUUGGAUUGGAUUGUUAUAAGAGGUCAUCAAGGUUAACUUAUGCUACAAGGAAAGCAAUUUGGGAAAAGUUGUCACAAUUGGGGGUGCUUGGGAUAAUUCCUUAUGAUUCUGCAACAGAUGAGUAUUUGAUACAGGUUUACAAGUAUUUCUAUACAACACAGGCGGAGCGGCUUCCCUCCGAAAGAGGAAGGAAACCCAAGGAUUCUUCGGAUGGUAGUGUGGACAGGAUUCAAAGACAGCAACACGGUGUAAAUGGGGAUGAUGAUAUAGCUAUGGAAUUUGACACCCAUGAAGUAGGACCUGAAGAGGAGGAAGAUGGUGAUGAAGAUGGCGAGGAAGACGGUGAAGAUUAUGCACAGUCUUCGGAUACAUUACCUUCUGAUAGCGAAGAGUCUGCACUGGGCGGUAGUCAGGUACAGUCGCCUGAACCAGAGGCGGGAGCGGAUUUACGCGGUGAAAACGAAGUUGAUACAUUCUAUCCUGCGGUUACUGAAUCGAAGCAUAAGUUAAAGCCUAAACCGAAUCCAGUUUCAGGUGAAAUCUACAGUUCUCUUAACUAUCCUUUGCCCCAUAAAUGGGUCACACCAUCCAAUAGCUCUGUUCUGGUUUCUGCGGACGGUUUUUCAAACGUUAGGCCCAACCCGAAUUGGCAAGUUUACUCCGGUUAUGACAACAGUCCUAUCGUAAAUAACCGGCUGAGGACUUCCCUGAGUAAUCAAAAGCAGCAUUGGGCUUCAACCUGGGCUAAUACAUACGUGAGCCACAAGAAGUUAGCGAUCUUCUAUUUUGAAAUCAGAGUCCUAUCAGUAACAAGCUCUCAAUCUGGACAAACAUGCAACAUAAACAUCGGUUUUAAGGAUUGGUCAAAAGUAGCGACAACUUCUGUAGAAGGAAAUACCAGCGAUCCGCCGUCAAGAGAUCCAGGAGAGCUCUCUGCCCUGAAUAGACAGCAAACAUCUAAUAUCCUCAGAGGUACUUUUGAUGGUUCUAGGCCAACUUCACAACAAAGUGGUGCAGGUAAGGAUGUUUAUGCAUAUAAUGGUUCGGAUGGGUACAUAAAUGAUGGUACAUUAUUCAAAUCAUACUCGAAACCAUUUGGUCGUGAUGAUGUUAUUGGCUGUGGCGUAAACUAUGUCGAUGGGACAAUAUUUUUCACUAAGAACGGUAUUCAUUUGGGCACAGCGUUUAAGGACGUUUCACAUUUGGAUUUGGUCCCUUUUGUAUCCUUAAAGCCUGCAAAUUCAAUAAGAACCAAUUUUGGAUUGUAUGAAGAAUUUUUAUUUGAUAUCUCCGGAUAUCAAAAUCAUUGGAAGAACAAAGCAUAUUAUCAUAUAUUUAAAUCGGUUGCAGGUACGGAUAAAAGUGGAUUUGAGUUUAGAAAAGAUGGCGAUGAUGACCCUUCCAGCAACGAAGAUGAAGACGUACAUAUGCCAGAUUCUGCUGGAAUUGUUCAGAACACGGAAAACAGUUCAGACGACGAAUUGUCGAGCAAUUUUGACGAUGAUGAUUCAAUUCAACUGAAGGACGGUUUUUUAUUGUCCAGAGAUACGCGGUUUAGUGGUGAUAAGCUAUAUAAGCCUGAGAAAGAAAGAUUAAAUACAAUAAGCAAUGCUGACGACUCUAUACCUUGCACGUUAAACACAAUGAUUAAUGAUUAUUUGAUACAUAAAGGAUUAAUUGAUGUUGCUAAAGGGUUUUUGAAGGAUUUGCAAAAGGAUUGCAUUCCGAACAACAGUGAGGAGCGCACCAGAAUGGUUAUCAGGCACCAUGAAAGACAGAUUAAAAGAGAGGAAGAAAACUUGAAAACACGUCAGGAUAUCAGAACCUUAAUCAAGAAGGGAGACUUUUUGCAUUGCAUCAAAUAUAUUGAUACGAAAUUUCCAGGACUCCUUACCACGCACAUCGAUUUGGCGUUUGAAUUUAAGGUUGCAGAAUAUUUACUGGCAAUUCUGAAUCUGAAUCAAAACAGUAUUGAUUUGGUUUUACAGAAGGGUUUAGAAAUAUCUAAUGAGUUCAUUUACAACGACCGUAUUCCACAAGACCUAAGGGAUCGAUUCAAAGCUCAUUUCACUGAGAUAUCGGCACUUAUGGCAUACGACAAUCCGCUUGUCGAAUGCACUAAAGAUUUAGCGAUAUAUUUAACCCCAUCUUACCUAGAAGAUCGGCUAUUUCAAUUGGUAAACUCCACUAUAUUGGAGUUUUUGAAAAUGAAGAGUGAAUCCUCUUUGGAGAAUAUGAUUAGCUACACCAGGGCUAUGGUUAACACGUUGAUGGAGUAUGGGCAACAACAGAAUAGCCUAGGCACAGACCCAGAGCGGAGGUAUUAUAAGCUAGUAAAUAUCGACGAAGACUUGUUGACAUUAUAG